GCACAGGUGUUCCUAAUAAAGUGCUCAGUGAGUAUACAUGUAAAGUCACCACUGAAACAGACCAGAAGUCGUAAUAAACAUGCUGAUUUGUGCACCACAAACCCGCACUUGCAAACAUCUUUUAAUAGUUUCCUUUUGGUCAGCAGUGUUAUGAUAAAAUCUCUCUUUAGCUUUGUAAGAUGUGGUUAUGUGCACAACUCGGACCAUCUGCACUUUUUGUCUCUUUGUAUGUGUGGUUUCAAUCAGGACGCCUCCACAGUGAGAGCCAACUGAUUUUAUAGUAGAUCAGACUCAAUUCUUUGUGACCUUUUGGGGAUCAAACUAAUAUAGUCAACUCAAACUUCAUGCUUGAAAAAAAGGAGAAUAUAUAAAGUAAAAUAAAUAACCAUAAAAAUAGACGAAAUCUCAUUAAAUUACACUAGACCUGGCUAGUGAUUACCAUGUUGUAUUCUUAGUGUAUCUGACAGGUAGUUAAUCAAUUAUUAUGCCUGCAUGUUAUUUGUUUGACAUAAUGAUGAUCGAUUCAUUAACUAAGGUUGAGCAAAACUGAACUCCACUGUACUGUAUGUUGUAUGUUGCAUCUCUAAACUGUAAAUGUUGGACUAAACACAUCGAAUGGACACAAAAAAUAAACACGUCUUUGAAGUGAGUGCAGCCCAUCAGUGACAGUACAGGCUGUUACGUAAGUGAGGAUGUUGGUUGUGGUUAUUCAUUUUUACUCAACGUGAUGUUUUUCAAGAGCCGGCCUUGGCAGUAUAAGUGGGAGUGAGCAUGUGAUCAUGGCCAGUCAAACACAGGCUUGUCACUGAAGACAGGAAAAAUACUCCACAUUACUUUAAACGAAGAAAUUUGAAACAAUGACAUCUCCAAAGGUUGUUUUUUGUUUAACAUGUUUGUUCUUAGGGAAAAUAGUUCAGAUGACUGAUGUGAAAUUAUCCUCAUCUGUUCAGCAGGAAAGUUGUUUUCUGUCAGUUAAUGUUGGUGAGGAGGUAACUUUGCGAUGUUUCUAUGAAGGCGAUGUUGCAGCAAGGCUUUACUGGUAUAAACAAACUCUAGGACAGAAACCAAGGCUCAUCUCCAUUUUCUAUAAGUACGAAACAAGUGGCACUUUUCAUGAUGAAUUCAAGAACAAUCCUCGCUUCACACUGGAUACUAAAAAUGGUAAAAAUGACUUGGUGAUCUCAGAUUUACAGAUUUCAGACUCAGCUACUUACUACUGUGCAAGUAGCUAUACAUUUAUUUUAGAAUUUGAGGAGGGAACUAUUGUCAAUGUAAAGGAUUCAGGUUUGAACAUCUUAGCUUCAGUCCAUCAGUCAGCAUCUGAGAGCAUCCGGCCAGGAGGCUCUGUGACUCUGAACUGUACAGUACACACUGGGACCUGUGAUGAUGGAGAACACAGUGUUUACUGGUUCAAAAACUCUCAAGAAUCUCAUCCAGGAAUCAUUUACACACAUGGAGGCAGGAAUGAUCAGUGUGAGAGGAACAGCAACACACAAACACACACCUGUGUCUACAACUUGCCAAUGAAGAGUCUGAAUCUUUCUCAUGCUGGGACCUACUACUGUGCUGUCGCCUCAUGUGGACAGAUACUGUUUGGAAACGGGACCAAGCUGGACUUUGCCUCUGAGGUGGACUGUCUUGUCUCGGUGAAUUUCUGGCGUGGGGUUGCAGCGUUCACCACCAUCCUGAAUGUUUUACUGGCUUUCUUAAUGUGUGUGAUGAACAAGAGAAACCACUCUCCUUGUGCAGAGGGUUACCAAGAUGGAGAUAACCUCUAUUACAUUGCUUUGAUGGAGAUCAAGAUCAACAGAUCAAGAAGCCAGAUGGACGACACCUGGAGUGAAUGCGUGUACUUUAGUGUAAAGCAGUAGAGCUGGACAUGUUUUAUCUGUG